UCUCCGGGUGUGAAGGAGUUAACGGAGAGGGCGGAACACUGCACCGGCCGCAGUAGAUGAUCGCAAUAUUGAUAGCGAGAGGAGCGGAGACGCCACGGAGAUCGUUUGGGAAAUUCUAUUUGGAUUUCAUUUGCAACGUGACGCGCACGUAUUGACCUCGCUCGCGUUUUUCUGGAUGAUACCGAGGGAACGCGACGCGAGUACCACACACACGUCGCGCCGAUUCCGAAGCGGAUACAAAUGUAUCUGUGAAUUUAACAUUGUAUCAUCGCGUAGAGAUGCGCAGACGCGGGUCGCGUAGAGCAGGUGGAUGAGGAGGAAGAUUCAUCUCAUCAUUUGAAUGAAUAAUUACUGAUUUUAAACAGCUGGGAGGAACCCCGAAGGCGCAAUGGUCACAGUUCACGCAACAGCCCUGCUCGGGUUCGAACCCGCAUUCGCCGGGUCACCUGUGUGAGAACCCGCGCGCCACAGUCAUGCUGCCCGGGGUGGGUGUGUUCGGCACCAGUCUGACGGCUCGGGUCAUCAUCCCUCUGCUGAAGAGCGAGGGCUUCUCGGUGAAGGCGCUGUGGGGUCGCACGCAGGAGGAGGCGGAGGAGCUCGCGCGCGACAUGAACGUGCCCUUCUACACCAACCGGAUCGAUGACGUGCUGCUGCACUCGGAUGUGGAUCUGGUGUGCAUCAACCUCCCGCCGCCGCUCACCAAACAGAUCGCCGUUAAGACGCUGGGAAUUGGCAAAAACGUGAUCUGUGACCGGACGGCGACGCCGCUGGACGCCUUCCGCAUGAUGUCGGCGGCCCAGUACUACCCGAAGCUGCUGAGCAUCAUGGGUAAUGUGCUGCGCUUCCUCCCUGCUUUCGUCCGGAUGAAGGAGCUGCUGGAGGAGGGUUACGUGGGCGAGCUCCUGGUCUGCGAGGCGCAGGUUCACGGCGGGAGUCUCCUCGGGAAGAAGUACAACUGGAGCUGUGAUGACCUGAUGGGGGGCGGCGGGCUGCAUUCGGUCGGGAGCUACAUCAUCGACCUGCUCACGUUUCUAACGGGCCGGCGUGCGGCGAAGGUGCACGGCUUCCUCAAGACGUUCGUCAAGCAGACGGAUCACAUCCACGGGAUCCGGCAGAUCACCAGCGACGACUUCUGCACCUUUCAGAUGGUGCUGGAAGGAGGCACCUGCUGCACGGUCACGCUCAAUUUUAACGUCCCGGGAGAGUUUCGGCAGGAGGUUGUGGUGGUCGGUACGUCUGGAAGGUUGACGGUUUGCGGGACGGAUUUGUACGGACAGAAGAACGACGGCAAAAGCGGUCAGGAGCUUCUUCUUAAGGACAACACACCUGUUGGAAACGCAUCCCUACCGGACAAAGCGUUCCGGGACAUCCCGUCUCCGUAUCUCACCGGCACCAUCUGCAUGGUUCAAGCCGUACGGCAGGCGUUUCAGGAUCAAGACGACCGGCGGACGUGGGACGGACGGCCGCUGACGAUGGCCGCCACUUUCGAGGACUGUCUGUACGCGCUUUGCGUCGUGGACACGAUCAAGAAGUCCAAUCAGUGCGGCGAGUGGCAGAACAUCGAGGUGAUGACGGAGGAACCGGAAAUCAGUCCUGCGUACCUGAUCAGCGAGGCCAUGCGGCGCAGUCGGAUGUCUCUGUACUGCUAGCGCGGCGCGUGAGUGAAUGUGCAUGGAUGCAUACUGAGCUCAAUGCAUUUGGAAAACUGCAGAAGUUCAUGCAACUAAAGGAAACAUGCAUCUGUGUGCAACAAGCAUGGAGUUAAAUGCUUUAAAACAUCAGCUCCUGGGAUUUGUUUGGUGUCAAGUAUGCAAUAAAUAUGCUUUCAGAUUGAAAACAACCACGGGGAAAUGCUUUUGUACUUGUGAUAUGUUUGUAGGACAUGCAGGAUAUUUUCAGCGUCGUCUAUCUGAAACGAUGAAGCAUCCGUCAGCACGUGUUUAAUGCAAACACACACUCCUGUGUCAAGCAUGAAAUCUCCACUCGCACUGUAAACUACUGGAUUCUACUGUGUGUUACGAGCUCGAUCUGGACAAACACGAUCCGAUGUUUCUGCUUUGUUAAUACUGAUAUAUUUCAAAUCCCGAUGUUUGUACGUGUUUGACUGGUAUCUUGAUUGUCAUAGCUGUGGCUUUACGGUCCCGUGUUUUCCACCUGUAAGAUUUUGAAUUGUAAAUCUGCCAAAUAUGAAAAGGCAAACGUCACGUCAUGUUAACCGUCGGUGGUUCUCAACUGGUUUUGCUUCAGGAUCUGACAUAAUGUGUUGACCCAAAAUCAUCUUCAAAUCAAACGCUGUAAUGAUAUUAUAUGCCACAGGUCAAAAAUUUGGAAUGUGCUUAUGUUUUAUGCUUAUAAGUAACUAUUAUUAAUAAUUGGGCCAUGAUAAUAAUAAUAACAGAAUGAUUUCUGAAGAUCAUGUGACACUGAAGCUUGGAGUAAUGAUGCUGAAAAUUCAGCUUUGAUCACAGAAAUAAAUUACAUUUUACUAUAAAUAUUCACAUAGAAAACAGCGAUUUUAAAUUAUAAUAAUAAUUCACAAUAUUACUUGUUUUAGUCUAUUUUUAUCAAAUAAAUGCAGUAUUGGUGAGCAGAAGAACAAAGAACAUAAAAAAAUCUCAAUAUUUCAUACUUUUGACUAUUAGUGCGUAUAAUAUUAAUAUAUAAUAAACUUUUUAGACCCAAAUAUAUGCAUAGUUAAUAACAUGAUAGACUGUAUAGGAAAACGAUUUUGUAAAUGCAUAAAUAGUAGCAGAAAUGUUAUUUAUCAUAUGUGUAUUUAAUGUCAUCAUCUGGAUUAUAUUUAUUUUUUUACCUGAUGUAGAUUUGCUCCUGAUUUUUGCUAUUUUUUCUGUCUCAUCUGACUGUUUUCUGAGAAAAGACAGAUGAUUUUAUUGAAAUCAUGUGGACGAAUGACAGAAAGAUGCUUUUUCUCCUUACUAUACUUGAUUAUAGUUGCAUUUUAUUUAUAAUUUCCCCCUCGAAUUUUCCAGUUGUGAAACAGUUGAGAACCGCUGCUUAAGACUGUUGAGGAACGUUGCACUUCUUUGAGGCCCAGCAAAUGCCUUUUUUAAGCCUGAAAAAGAUCAACCAAACUGUUUCAGACGUGCUAAAGGUGCUCGAGAGCUUUCAGUCUGAAGAUGUAUUGGUGUAUAUCUAGUUUAGGAGACAUCAUUCAUAUUUAAAUGCAGUUGUCAGUACUGAAACCUUGCUGUGUGUAUAUGGCUUGAGUUCUCAAGAUGAUUAACAUACUGAAAAGAUUUUAAAAUCAGAUUUUUGAGUCCAUAUGUUUUGCUAAGCUCAAUUCUGCAGUAUUUUAUUUGCUGUAUGCAUGCACUGGAGACCGGUGUGUUGGUGGUCGUCCAUCACUGUGCAACUUCUCACUGCGUCACGACGAAAGACUGGAGAGUCCAACCAUGUGGCUGUGUUUUAUGCGUAUUUUAAUGCUGCUUGGAGAAACACCUGCUGUACAUUACUGGAAACAUGCUCUGUGUAGUUUAGAAAUGGUAUUUAUUUCUUAUUCAGAGUGUUUCAUAUCAAAUCAGGAAGUGUGUGUACUGUGAGACAGGAAAUAGAGGCCUUUGCUUGUGCAUUUCUACAGGAAGUGUGAUGUCAGCGAUUAAAAGUCCCAAACUAAACAUGUCCCGGUUUCUCUCGCAAAUGUGAUUCACUGGAUUUUUUUACUGAAACCAUUUCUUGGUUGAAAGUAAUAGAAAUGUUUCUUCAAGGAAAAAUCAUCUCUGUUGGACAAGAAAGCAUUUAAUAUCAUUCUCUCCCAGGCAACUUACACAGAAGCAGCGAGUAACGCUGCUAAAUUUAAUAUUUCAGAAAACAAGGGCCAUAAAUUGAGCAUUUUGAGUAAGCAAAACAGUGCAUAUUUACAUAAGUCAAAGCACAAACUGUAGCUUUAUACUGCUGCAAUCAUCGUGAUUCAGUGAAAUAAAGACUAGUCUAAUAUUUUGCAAGCGAUAGAUUUAUGUAGCGAUAAAACGAUCAACUGAGUCUUGCUGAGUCUGAGGAGGUUAAGAGCUCUCAAAGGUCUCAUUUAGUAAUUUUGAUAAUUAUGACACAAGCUGAACAGCAUAAGCUAAAGUGUAUGGAAGCCCAAUUAAAAAAAA